ACUGCUCUCUCCACGUCCCUCUUCAGAACCACCCCUUGGCCAGGAAGCGGAUCUCAGGUCCACAGGACAGCUUCAGCCUAACAGCCCUCCAUGGAUCUGCCUUACUACCAUGGCCAGCUGACCAAGCGAGAGUGCGAAGCCCUGCUCCUCAAGGGAGGGAUGGAUGGCAACUUUCUGAUAAGAGACAGCGAGUCUGUGCCAGGAGCCCUAUGCCUCUGUGUCUCGUUUAAAAAGUUUGUGUACACCUACCGAAUCUUCAGAGAGAAACAUGGCUAUUACAAGAUACAGACCGAGGAUGGUACUCCAAAACAGAUCUUUCCAAACCUAGAGGAAUUAAUCUCCAGAUAUGAAAAACCAGGUCAAGGAAUGAUAGUCCACCUUUCAAACCCCAUAAUGAGAAAGAACUUCUGCCCAAGAAGGCAAAGACCAACGUUACAGCCAAAUAUUUAUGAGAACACCAACAGUGACUAUGUGGAUGUCUUGCCUUGAAGACUAGGAUGUUGGACAAAACAAGCUGAAGGAGAGAUGGGGGAGCUUUCAGCUGCCACACCACAUCUGCAAGU